AAUUAAUGUUUAUCUCUCGUUUAAAUUACUCCCACGAUCCCCGACGGUGAAGUAGAUGAAGAAGUUGUGUUUGAUUGGGAGCCCCUUUCCUUUCGUGAUCUACAAUAAUGAGUUGCAGUUGACCCUAACCCAGCUCCUUGGUUACUCUUUACCCUUGUCCCUAAUUUUUAUUUUAUUUUAUUUAUUUUUAUUUAUGAUUUUUUCCUGGUGUGGUGCUCACUCCCUUCUCACUCUCUCUCUCUCUCUCGCUCUCACAAUAAUCUCUCCUCUCUGCGUUGGGUCUCUAUAUCCCCUGCGCGUCUCUCUCUCUCUCUUUCUCGUUGCAUUUCUUUCUCUUUCACUUCCCUCUCCUCAUUUCUUCUCUCCGCGUCUUUCUCUUUCUCCCUCUUUUCCUUUUGAGCGUCGUCAACCAACCCAAACCUCUCUCAUUCUCCGUUACAAACACUUUCUUCUCUGCAAUGUUGAGAAGAUCUCCGUUCUUGGAGCUCAGCCUCCUCCUUCUCUGCUUUGCUCUGGUACUUCCUUCGCUGUCUCUCGCCGAGUCAGAUCGGCUCGAAACCGCCAACUCCACCGAGUCCAAUGUCUCUCUUUCUAAGCCCAAAGAAGGCAGCUUCGCGCACAUGAUUGAUCAAGCUCUGGCCAACGAGUUCCCCGAGAACGAUCAGCCCGAAGCGGCUGAUGCUGGAGGCUUCAAUAACAGUGUAGCCGAACAGCAGGCAGUUCUGGAAACUGUAGCCAGAGUUAAGACGAAGAAAAAUGACACAAAAGAGGAAAAGUCAUUUCAACUGCAUCAUGUUUUUAAUCUGGAUAAUGAAAAUAGAGCAGAAGACACUCCAACUUUGAUAGAUCGGAAGGACAACGUCUUUAUUAUAUCUAAUUUCAAAUCAAAAUAUCCAGUUCUGCAGCUAGACUUGCGAUUGAUAUCCGAUUUGGUAGUUGUUAUUGUGUCAGCAACUUGUGGUGGCAUUGCCUUUGCUUGUGCUGGACAGCCGGUUAUUACUGGCUAUUUGCUAGCGGGAUCUUUUAUUGGACCUGGAGGCUUUAACUUUGUCAGUGAAAUGGUCCAAGUUGAAACGGUGGCUCAGUUUGGUGUAGUUUUUCUUCUUUUUGCGCUAGGCCUGGAGUUCUCCACAACGAAGCUUCGAGUUGUUCGAGCAGUUGCUGUUCUUGGGGGCCUGCUUCAGAUUUUCCUAUUUAUGUGCCUGUGUGGUAUUACAGCCUCGUUAUGUGGUGGUAAAGUUUCUGAGGGGGUAUUUGUUGGUGCAUUCCUUUCUAUGUCUUCAACAGCAGUGGUAUUGAAGUUUUUGAUGGAAAAGAACUCUAUUAAUGCCCUUCAUGGCCAAGUUACCAUUGGCAUCCUUAUUCUGCAGGACUGUGCCGUAGGUUUGCUGUUUGCUUUGCUUCCAGUACUGGGGGGGACUUCUGGUGUUCUUCAAGGAGUGAUGUCCAUGACUAAACUGUUGGUGGUAUUAAUUUCAUUUUUGGCUAUUCUGACAAUAUUAUCUCGUACUUGUGUCCCUUGGUUACUUAAACUGAUGAUAAGCCUAUCAUCACAGACCAAUGAACUAUAUCAAUUGGCAUCAGUUGCGUUCUGCUUGCUUGUAGCCUGGUGUAGUGAUAAGCUGGGGCUGAGUCUAGAACUUGGUUCCUUUGCUGCUGGAGUGAUGAUAUCAACAACUGAUCUUGCACAACAUACACUCGAACAAAUUGAACCCAUUCGCAAUCUUUUUGCUGCUCUUUUUCUGGCCAGCAUUGGGAUGUUGAUCCAUGUUCAGUUUCUCUGGAACCACGUGGAUAUAUUACUAGCAUCAGUUAUUCUGGUGAUCAUCAUAAAAACAAUAAUAAUUGCCACAGUUGUCAAGGGAUUUGGUUACAACAACAAGACUGCGAUUCUUGUUGGAAUGUCUCUGGCACAAAUAGGGGAAUUUGCUUUUGUUCUUCUCAGUCGUGCUUCUAAUCUUCAUCUAGUUGAGGGAAAAGUGUACCUGUUGCUUCUUGGGACUACAGCUCUUAGUCUGGUGACAACUCCUCUGCUUUUCAAGCUUAUUCCUGCAGUCGUGCACCUUGGCGUGCUGUUGCGGUGGUUCUCCGCUGACAGUUCUAUUGAGAUUAUAUUUAAAGGAGAUAAUCUCCGCUCGGAAAGUGGAAAGCAGCGUGUUAUAUUGAUUGACAAGGAACCUCAUGAUUCGUGAAUACUAAAAAAUAUAUAUGAAGUGAAAGGGAAUUUCAGAGUUAUAUGACAAGUUAUACUUUAGGCCCCCAUCCUCCUUUCCCAACAGUGUGACAGAAGUUGAUUGGAUUGCUGUUCUCUAGAGUCUAUUACAAGGCUUUUCCACGAGAGUUGCUGGUUACCUGUUACUGAUCAGACUAGAAAUCAGCCACCCAAUUUGAACCAAAGAAAUGCAGAAACGGGAAAGAGGUAAUCUAACUGGUGAAAAGGAGUAACAGAUGAAGCUCUAUCUAUGAUUCAUUCGUCUCCACUGCGGGACAUUUGUGGAGACCCUAUUCUUUCCAAGUGUAACAUAGUUUCAAUUUUGUAAUCUUCUAAAGUAAAUCGUGAUUCAUAGGUCUCCUCCAAGAGAGUAGAAUUUUGAACCUUUUUUUUUUUUUUUUUUUUGUGAUGUACAAAACAGUACCGAACUGUAUUUCCUUUUCUAUUCUCGAAAUUUUUUAGUUUUGUAGUAUGAUAUCUGAUACACAGCCUCUGGUUUGUUGUAACAUAAUCUGAAAGAAAAAUGAUUAAAAAAAAAAUGGUCCCUUGUGGUUUGGAUUUUUAAUUUUAUCAAGUACUUCGUUGACUUUUUAAGUUCAA